UUUAUUACAAUUGUGUUUGCCUUUGAAACGUUAUGUCCUUGUUUGAGACUCCUGAGAAUUUAAAGCUGCUGCAAAAUCUUUUAAAUCCUCCAGCAGCAGCAGAAGAAGAAUCUGAUUUAGAAGAUGAUCAGGAAUGCUUGAUAAAAACAAGCAAAUUAAAUCCAGGUGCUAUAGGUUCUGCAGCAAACCUGAACAAUAAAAAAUCCUCUGCCCACAAAAAAACAAAAUCUCCCUAUGAUCCUCUCGAGUUGGAUGCCAAUUCCCAAAAACAACCCUCCACUUUAGAGGAAUGGCAGCAGCAACAUGAACAAGCAGAUAAAGAUAUUUUGGACUCACGCAAAUGCCCCUCCUAUACUCUAACCUAUCGUCAGGCUGUGGGCACUGAAGACGUAUUCCUACAAAUGGGCAAUCGCACCAAUGCUUCGGCCAGUUGUGAGGAUUUAGUAGUGGAUAUAUUGCUAACCAAUGAUGACACACCCUCGGACAAAAUGCAUUUAACCAUAACAGAGCAUGAAGUAGUUUUAGUCACAGCCAUUUAUCAUCUAAAAUUGCCACUAAUGCACCCGGUAAAUGUGGAUCGUUGUCGUGCUAAAUACCAGGCUGACCACAACAAAUUAACAUUGACUUUAAGGCUGCAAAGGGAAUUGGAUUUUGUGAAUUUUUGAAAAACUAAUAAAGAA